UUCCCCCCUUCCCUCGCCUCUCAGGCCCAAAGGAGGAAGAGGAAGAGCGGGGAACCAAGGAGGCAGGGCUGGAAAGGUCACAGCCAGCGAGGGAAGGUCCUUUCGCUUUCGCCUUGCCGCCGGCUGGGGAACUCGAAACCAGGGCUCUCUCCUCUGCCUCUUCCAAUACCACCAUUUUGUGAAGAGAGCAGGGAGAAGAAGGAGAAGAAGGUGAAACAAGCAAAAUGGUACAUGCUGAAGCCUUUUCACGUCCCCUAAGUCGGAAUGAAGUUGUUGGUUUAGUUUUCCGGUUAACAAUAUUUGGUGCUGUGACCUAUUUUACCAUUAAAUGGAUGGUUGAUGCAAUUGAUCCAACAAGAAAGCAAAAGGUAGAAGCUCAAAAACAGGCAGAGAAGUUAAUGAAGCAAAUAGGUGUGAAAAAUGUAAAGCUCACAGAGUACGAAAUGAGUAUUGCUGCACAUCUUGUAGAUCCUUUGAGCAUGCAUGUAACUUGGAGUGAUAUUGCAGGUUUAGAUGAUGUUAUUACAGAUCUGAAGGACACAGUCAUCUUGCCAAUCAGAAAAAAGCAUCUGUUUCAAAAUUCCAGGCUCUUACAGCCACCUAAGGGAGUACUUCUCUAUGGCCCUCCAGGCUGUGGUAAAACCUUGAUUGCUAAAGCUACAGCAAAGGAAGCAGGUUGUCGAUUUAUUAAUCUUCAGCCGUCAACACUGACAGAUAAAUGGUAUGGGGAAUCUCAGAAGCUGGCAGCUGCUGUUUUUUCUCUGGCUAUGAAACUUCAACCAUCUAUCAUCUUUAUUGAUGAAAUAGAUUCCUUUCUACGAAGUCGUUCAAGUUCUGAUCAUGAAGCGACAGCUAUGAUGAAGGCCCAGUUCAUGAGUCUCUGGGAUGGUCUGGAUACUGACUAUAAUUGCCAAGUGAUUGUGAUGGGAGCUACUAAUCGCCCUCAGGAUCUUGACUCAGCUAUUAUGAGAAGAAUGCCUACAAGAUUUCAUAUCAAUCAACCCGCAUUGAAGCAGAGAGAAGCAAUCUUGAAACUGAUUUUGAAAAAUGAAAAUGUGGACAGGCGUGUGGAUCUCCAUGAAAUUGCUAAAGAAACAGAUGGGUUCUCAGGAAGCGACUUGAAAGAAAUGUGCCGUGAUGCUGCACUGCUGUGUGUCAGGGAAUAUGUUAAUUCUACAUCUGAAGACAGCAAUGAAGAUGAUGAAAUACGUCCAGUGCAACAGAAAGAUCUGCAACGGGCAAUUGAGAAAAUGAGGAAGUCAAAAGAUGCAACAAAUCAAAACGUUCUAAUGCAUGUUAGUUUAGAUUAAGGCUGAGCAAUGUGGUACCAUGGCCUUUAACCUCUUUUGGUGACUGGUUAUGCCAUUUCAAUAGUGGAAAUCAAUUGGAAGCAGAAAUAUCCUUUUAAUAAGUAUUUCUGGAAUUGUUUUUAUAUGCUGUUAUCUAAGUUAUUGAAAUCUAGUAAUCUUGCAAAAUUGGAUAUGGCCUGUGUGAUAGAUCAUGACACGAAAGAAUGUAGUCCAGCUCAAAAGCAAUGUCUUGUUUCAUUGUUGUGGCCUUAAAAGCCUGUCAGUAGGUUCUCGCGUGGCACAGUGUUCUGAGGAGAGUUGGAGCAGAACCCAUGUUCAUUUGUAUGAGACGGUGUGCAGUUUUUACAUACAAACAUAACGUGUAGGGAAUUGGAAUAUGAAAAGCCUUCUUUUCCUUUUCCUUUUUUACUUGUUGUCUGGGUUAAAGCAAACUGGAUGAUUAAAAGAGACUCAGCACAUGUUUAUUUUUGUGUCGUACCUUGAUGCAAAGCCAGAAAACCUGUUUUUGGAAGUUCUUAUUUCUUGGAAUGCAGGGAAAUCUGACUUCCUUUUCCUCCUUUUAACUCAUGGGAUCCACUGGUGCCAUCAGUUUAGCUAGAAAACAUUUAUGUAAGGCACGUGAACAUUUUGAUUUUAUAUGAAUCCUAUAAAUUGUAUUCUUUUUUUAAAAUAUAUUUUUUGUACAGUCAGGAUUACGCAUUGUGGAACACUGGCAACUGCAUAUCGCCAAGUUUUAUUUUUCUAUUUCUGAGUUGUGAAUUAUUUCUUUAAAAUAGUUAACAGGAAUACUCCUGUUAAAAGUUUCUUUUUCACGAUUGUAGCACUUGCUAAAAGCUCUAAGUUGUCACAACACAAAUCACUUCAUUAAGUACAUAGUCUUACAUUUUUGUUUAGUUCCUGUUCUCCUCCAGUCUUCCUAAACUAUGUAGUUAUUUAUGGGUCAUCCAGUCGAUAGUGGGAAUUAAUAACUUUCAAAUAUUCUUAAUGAAAGAGAUAACACUGAGAUGUCUUUCAGGACUAAUAUUUAAGUUUGAUUUACAGCCUUAUUUUUGUUAACCUGAUAUUUAAUGUUGUGUAUUGACCAGAUGCAACUUCCUUAAUCAAAAUGACAAAGUGUCCAGAACUUGAGCAGACCUGUUGAGUGCUUUUUUACAUACUAACAUAUUAGUAAUUCAAAUGAGCAUUGCAAAGUAUGUAAAAAGAAACAACAACCCAAUACUAAUGUGACUGAUUCUAACAUUGCAUCAGCUCAGUUUAUAACUUGACUUUUUGCAGGUGCUAUUUUGAGGCAUAACCCCUUUGUAUAAAGCACAGGAUGUUCUUGAAAGAUUAUAAAUCAAUUCAGAGUGGUUUACUCUUGGAUUCCCUUCCCCCAUGAAAGAAAAGAAAUACUUAUCAAGUGGAAAGUGGUUUGUAACUAAGAAAAAACAGGAUGUCCACGAUUCUUUAUUAACAAAAUAAAUAAAUAAAGCACAGUUCUUCCACGGAAAGUAGCUCUGAAGAGUUUCUGUUCAGCCUGGCCAGUUGAGAAAUUUCUUCCUUCAAGUGGCCAGACAGAUAUUUCAGGCCAAGGUGGGCAGAAUGCAGUUGUAUCUUUGUGUGAUAAAGAAUGUCUUUGUGUAUACCAAUUGUUCAUCUCUAUUUUCUUCUCAAAAGGUGGCCACAGAAAGUCCCCAAAUGAUGUUUGCUAAUUUGGGUGUUAUUAAGCAACUUUUAGGGGAUUUACUGUGAAUGUUCUUUUUAAAGGAGGAAUGUUGCUGCAAUGUGUAUAAGUAUUCUUUUCCUAAGUUUAUUUCCAGAAACCUUUCUCUCCAAUACCCAAAUGAGAAUCUCUAGAGAGUAGUCUACAGUAGUCUACAGAACAGGUUCCAAGUAAAUAUAGUAUAUACACACAUAUAUAUGAAUAUGAAUAUGAAUAUAUUUUCUUGUGUGUAUGCGCCUAUGGAUUUCAGCCACACUGUGGGAGCUCAGAAGUGGUAGUGCUUUAUACCUAGUGUCCACAUUAUUGAAUUCUUUAGAAAAGCCAUUUAUGUAAUUUAUGCAGUAAUGCAACCCAGGAGAGUGCUGUUUAUAUGUAAAUUGUGCCAGUCACUUGGUUUGUAUAGUCUUAAAUUUGUCACUUGCUAUAUUCGUCUGCUGACUAUGAAUGCAUGUGUUUUGAAACUAUGAAUGACUUUUUUUUGUCUGUUCUCCCCAUUUUUAUUUUAUUUUAUUCAUUUCAAUAUAACCAUAGAAUGCAAACCAAUAAAAUUAUUUGGGCACUUUAUAGAGGUGCUGUUUCUUUGCACCAUUUACUAAGCAAGAGUUUUGCACCAGCUGAGCUAGAUUUGUUGGUCAUAGCUUAACAUCUACACCUGUUGCAAAUAUUUAUUGAUACUCACAGUAUUCACUCUGCAGUUGCAACAGACUUUCUGGAUGUUACCUCCUGUGACCAAAUAAAUUAGUUUCACCUUUUCUUAUAGCAGCAAAUGGCCAUGAAAUCACCCCUUUUAAAGCAAUGGAAAUUAAGCCAUUAAGGGUAUUUGUUGCACCUGUUUUGUCUCUAAUCGAGUAAAUUAUUUUGUCCUUUUCCUUUUUUUUAACCUUUCCUUCAGCGAGACAAUCAGAUUUCAAAACCACUUCCUAGUUAUAUUUCUGAAUACAGUAAUAUCCAAAGGCUGCAGCAACUCAGGAAACUCAGCAAGAGCCUCUUCUUUAUGUACAGAACUAGGUGUUCUAUUCAGUAGUUGCUUUGUAUACUGGAAAACUCUUCUUGUGCAAAGCUCUAUUUUUGCAUAACUCCUCAUGUACAACAGCCUUCAUGCAUACAUUCCAUACAGUUUUGGGAAGUCCUAUAACUCUCAAAAGCAGCUCUCAAAAGAAGGGCAACUAGGGAGGCACUAGCAAAAAUUGAAUGCUUUCCUCUGUGCUAACAAAAAGUUAACAGGGAAUUCAAACUAGCUGUUAGCACAAGCCUUUUGGGAUCCUGAUCAACAAAAGGGGAUCUAGUUGUGGCACAGUUUUUAAAACUAAGAAAUCUCAAGCCAAUCUGUCUUUUCUAACUUACUUUCCAGUAGUACUUAUUAGUUUGAUAGGCCUGAUGGAUGUUUGACACAGAACCCAUCAGAAGGUUUCCUGUGGACUUCUAUAAUGGGUAAUAAGCUGGGCCAUUCUGGCAUAAUAAUUCUUGGAAUGGUUCUUUGGCUAUUUACUCUCUAGAGUUUUGUUCACCCCUCUUGAUACAUUUAAUGCCUUGUGCUUUAGAGCAAAAUUAUUAAUCAGUAUUAAACCAUAAGAAGUGAGAAGUUCUUCAAACUAUGAAAAACACUAACCAUUGCAUCCUCAUUCUGUUCUUGAUAGAUUUGCCAUUUUUAUUCAUAUUUAAUUCCUUUACAUCCUCUUCCAUUGAAUAAAUUCUAGCAACAUUUUGCCUCCCUACCCUAAAGCUGCUGACAUCUUGCUGCAACUGUGACCGUGCUUUAUAGUUGUAUAAAAACUUGAUUUUUUUCCCCCAGUUUUGUGUUAGUCAGCACCAAGGGUGAGCAACUAUAGUGGUUGAAGGGAAACACAUGGAGUUAGGUUUUCUGUUCCUGGGACCCUUGAGCUAGGGCUGCCAAAAAAGCCAAACAAACCAAUCACAAUUCAUGUGUCAGGAAAUCUACUGGUUUUGAAAAACAGUUUUUAAAAUUGAACAUUCAUCAUAUUUCAAAGCUGAAUUGCAAUGUGCACUUUUUUGGCCAGAAAAAGAGCAAUUUGGGGAGGCUGGCAGGGUUGGCACAUCCCUGUUCACCACCUGUUAGCGUUCAUUCAGUCACUUGUUCUGGAGAAAUUCUUCUGAUCUUCUCAGUCUACUAUGAGCUUAUGUUGGUAGGGUUGCCAAAUUAGGCCCUACCUCCUGCUCAAAACAGUUCAGACAACUCUAUUCCCAACCCUGUACUUAACAUGUGAAGUUGGGUCUACAUGCUAAGGUUCAAUGCACCCUGUUAAAAAGUUGAAUUCAGUAAUACAAGUGCAUGUGUUUCUGGAGAUUGUGGGGCCCUCCAUGUUGGUCUAUUCUCAUCAGCUCUGUCCAACAUAGACAAUGUUGUCAAAUGAUUGGAUUUGCAGUCCAGAAGACUUGAGACCUGCAGAUUAGGGAUGCAAUUCUUUGCUAAUUUUGUUCUUAAAGGAAGCAUUUUCUUCCCAGUGUGUGAAAGUCUUUGAAAACUGCACUGAUUUUGAAGACUGUUCGCAGCUAAGGAUUUAUUUUGCACAAGAUUUGUAAUACCCCGCCCCCCAAAAAGCAUUUUUCUAUGCAGGACACCGAAUUUUCCUGUGUAGAAAAACAAAACGAGGACUUUCUUUGUGCAAAAGUUACAAUUUUUGCACAGAACACAAUUUUCUGAGCAGGAAAUAGCUAUUUUGCACACAAAACAAUAUAUAUGCACAUUUUGUUUUGGUGGUUUUUCUCCACCGAAAACCCAUUUAUGAAUUUUGUGUGGAGUAAAUUUCAAAUUGUGAAGAUUCUGGUGGGUCCAGGAUUUUCCUCCUCGGUGUUUCCCAAUGCUUGUAAGGCAUAUUUGUGGUUUCGUUUUUCAUUUUUUACCAUUUUUAGAAUAUUCUUUCUACACAUUCCCCAUCCCUGCUUCAUGUCGGAUUGUAUGAUGGAGUAGCAGAGUGGUGUGUGUUUGUUCAUCCACUAUAUAAAGAAGACACCAAUUCAGGUUAGGGUGGGCAUAUGAAUAUAUGUGUGCUUGGGGUUGUCAUUGUUUAUCCCUAUUUUGAAAGCUAAACAUUUAUCUUGCCUGUCUUUUCACUGUGUAUAUUUAUAAAAGGGCUUCCUUACCUUACCUGAGGAAGUUUUACUCUUUGGACACUUUGACGAGCCUGUAAAAUAUAAGCAACAAAGAACACGCUUGAUCACUAGGCACACCUGUACUACAUUUGUGCUCCGUCCUAAGAGCAAAGUGGAAUUCCUGAUACCAUAAAAUGAAAGAGCACAGCUACUCAGUUUAAUCAUUGUAGGCACCAGUAGGAGCACCUUCUGAAAUCCAAAAAUGUUGAAAUAAAUGGGACUGGUCUAGAUGGCAUUUAAAUAGAUGAAAAAGCAAUAAAUGUGACACGAUUAUAGCAAAACACUUGCAACUGUGCUUUUUUAUGUGUUGCUGCAACUAAGUCUUUUCCUCCCCAUAUGGUUUUGUGGAUCAAACAAAACUACGUGUAUUCUCACCACAAUGGCUAUAUGUAAAUAGGGGUGGAAGUUAAGAAAUAAAGCUAUUUGUGGCCUCUUCCGGAAAUUCAA